AUCUGCUCUCUAUUGCCUCCAGACAAUAGCUUGUUGACAGCUGGACAGCUUCCCCAUCACCCCUCUCUCUCACACACACACACACGCAACUCUGCCACUCUUUUCACAGGCGUUCAACUGACUGAAAAUGAAGUGUCACUUUUAUUGUGUGUUUGUCUGCGGAGAGAUGGAUGACUGAGAGUAAUUGUUUGAAUCCGUCUGUGCCGGCGGCCAAUGAACUUGUAGGAUGGAAAAGGCCUUAAGAGAAUGAUUGGCUGCAGUCGCAAAGAAAAGGGAGUGUUUAUGAGAGUAGGGUCUUUGUGAGGUUGGCUCUCUCCUCUGUGUGUUGGAGUACUAAAAGUGUCUGAUUCUCACUUGUCUUGUAAGGAAGUCCAAAUGUCAAGGAACUAGAGUUCAACUGAGAUGCUGCAGUUACAUCUCUUCAAAAAUGGAGUGGAGCUGAUCAUGAGACAGCUAUACAGAGGCACGAAUAAAGGAUAACAUCACAAUUUCUGCACGUGGACAGAAACAGAAAGUGGACAAAGACGGGUACAGCUGCUAGUUUUAUAAAAUGCCUGUGGAGACUUUCCAACACCCAGUGAGGCAACCAGCGAGGACCACUGAAGCUGCUACACCCCCGCGGUUGCGGCCCAAGGGGCCAGUGGGGCCAGACUUCUAUCGGCAAUGCCCGACAGCAGAGAGCAGACCAAAGCAGAGUGCAGUGGAGAGGCUGGAGGCAGACAAGGCUAAAUAUGUCAAGAGUCAGGUGGCUCUUUCUAAGCAGCGGCCACUCAGGCCUCCUGAAGUGCGGAAGCCUCUGCUGAGCCCCGCUGCUGCCCUGCGGCCCACCAGGAAGACACCGACCCAGACAAAAACAAAGCAGGAGGGAGUCCAGCUCGACCUGGAGCACCUGAGUAAUCUCAUCAGUAACGUGAGUGAUGGCCCCCAGUCCAGUACCACUGUAAGCUCAGAGGACAGUAAAGAUCCUGUUUGUGCCGCCACAGCACACAGCUCUCCUCGCCCCACACCUGUGGGGGCACAAGAGAAAAAAGAGAGGCUGUGUCCACCUCCCUGUCCUGACUGGUCCAGUCCUGCUAAGGUGAGAUUAAAAGCCUCUGGACCUAUAGAGAAUCCAGGCUCUCCUGGGUCUCUGGCUGCAGGGACGGUGCGCAGAGUGGACGUCAUGCCUCAGGCCAGCCAUGUGAGGACAACCUGCAGACGGCCUCAGUUCAUCCGGCAGCCCCUUCGGCCCAUACCUUUCCAUUCCCAGUUUCCACUCCGCCCGGCUGCUUCACACCUGCGUCUCUUCCACCCCAGAACAACACCAGGCUCUUCUCCUCUGAAACCUGUUGUUGCCCCAUUUAAACCUGACAACCCUCCCUCCUCUCCAGCUGGAUCCCCAGUCCCUGCUCCACCUCCCCCUAGCUUCCCUGUUUUCCCUCCUCCCUCCCCAGCGAUCACCCGUUUAUCCUCCUCCAGCUCCAGGAAACGCCCGUCUCUCACCCGGUCUAAAUCAGACAUGAGCGACAGGUACUCCAGAGCUGGGACAGAGCUGGAGCGCUUCUUCAACCUGUGCGGUUUGGACCCUGCAGACCUGCAGGAUUUGACUGGAUCCAGUUCUGACAUUGUUUCCCUCGCCCGUUUUCGCAGUGUGAGCGCUCCGGGGUCUGAGUGUGCGGGCUCCGGUAGAGAAGAUGAAGAAGAUGAGGAGGAGGAUGCUGGCAACAUUGCAGAGCGAGUCCCCUACGGUGUUUCUGUCAUUGAGAGAAAUGCAAGAGUGAUCAAAUGGCUGUAUGGACUCCGUCAGACCAAGGACAAUGCAACCAAGAGCACCAAUUUAUAGGAUGGUGUAAAAGAUUUAAAACAAAACACAUGUAGUGAUCGGACCCCAUGAUCAAACUGGUGGUAAACUCAAGUAUGUGAUGAGGAGAUAAAGUGAUGGAUGCAAUUUUUCUGCCAAGUAAUUCACUCUGAGUUGUUUUGAUUGGGUUUUUUGUUUCUUUCUUUCUUUAUAAAAUUAGAAUUUUGAUGAUGAAAUAUUCGUUGAUUUUGGUAUUUUGACUCUUUUUUUUUUGUGAGUCUCAGUGGGGCUGUUAGCUUUGUUAUUGUCGCUGUCUGGCCACUGAAGUGGCAUCUGAGGUCAACAAAUCCCACUUUGCUGUAAAUGGACCUCAUUAAAGAUGAAUGUUUGGAUCUCUCUGUAAUUUUUUUUUUUUAAAUCACUCCAGAAAUAGAAGUAGAGGUUAUCACCUGCAGAAAUUUCAGCGCAGGUGAUUUGAUUACACAUUGACUUGCCAGCUUAGUGUUAAACAGUGAAUCAUUUCCCCAGAAGGAUUAGAGCAUGAGGUCCACCACCUGAUUUUUUUUCAAGUUGUAAUUGCUGUAUAUGUAAUAAUGUGAAACUGAUGGCCUGAAGUGUUUUCAUGAAAGUGAAAGUCGGAGAGGAACAAGAUCAAACAAGCUCCAUUUGAUGGAGGGAAGUUUCACUGAUGUUCCACAAGAGGUCAGAGAAGUCCACGCUGACACACUUUGUUCUCUGAAAAAGAAAAGUCACUGUUCCUAUUUUCAGAACAACUGUAAAUGAACUGCUACUGAGAAGAUAUUAAAACUUUUCACUUUGAAGUCAAA